CACGCCCCUUCAAGAACUCAACCACGAUGCCAACGGCGGCGCCUGCGUACGGACGAGUGCUUUCGGAUGCAGAACGACAUAAGGUUGAUGCGCUGGAGAAACGAAUGAAGAAGCUCGACGAUACGGUGCACAUAUGGGUACGUGACGGCGGCAAUGCUCGAGAGGGCGCGACGCCUCGGGAGUUCUUCUCAAUGAAGCUUCGUCCGGCAUUGCCCAUCUCUGAAAUUCGAGAUCAAAUUCAAGAGCGAUAUGAGCGGGACGGGUACUACAAUAGCAGCGUCGACCCUCCGCUGCGACUGCUUUUUGGAGGAAAGCUGCUUGUCGAUGGCCACAAAUUCAGUGAUUAUCUUCCUUUGCCUCCAUACCAGUCCCAUCCUCGUCUCAAAUGGGUCAAACCUUACGCCGGCAUUAUCUGGGUCAUUCCAAUUCAAAUCGAGCCGCAUUUUGCGACGGCGUGGGGAGGUGUUGCAGGCUCAACUUCCCUCUCUGCGUCGAAUUCGUCCAGACAAAAGUAGCUCUGCAGCAGCGCGCACGGAAUUCUAAACAGUAGACAAAUCACACGGUGCUUAUCCAACAAGCACGCAAGACUGAGUUACAGCAAUGCCGAUGACAGAGUCUCUCGACCAUGGGCUUCUUUGUAUCGCAUAAUGUAGUCCUUUGCGUCCGGCCACCGCUUGAGAAAAUGCUGUGAGUACCAUUGCCGCACCGAGAUCUGUGAUACCCCCAUCUCUCGCACCGCGUACUGCUGGACAUCCUUGGCCGUCCACCGGAUGUUGUUUUCCUGGCACUGUUCCUUCAGCCGCGCCACAAGCGCUUCUUCCUGCUCCAUGCGCACCGUUGUGAUCCCUGGCGACGCGUAAAUGUUGACUCGGCGGUCCACGUUCGCGUUGGUCCUGGUGUUCCAGAUGAGUUUCGGAAUCCCGUACUUCUUCCGGUAGCUCAGCUUGUCGACAGGCUCGCCGUCUGCGCGCCACUCGGCCAGCGCCUUGGUCAAGCUCUCGUGCUCUUCCGUGCCUUGUCGGCUAUAAUUUAAGUUGCGCUUGACGGGCUCGCGGCCCAACAGAGUUCGAAUCAGUGUGAUCUUGGCCUUGGUGCGUUUGGAGGGGGGUUUGAGGAAGUCUUUGACGUCGCCGCCUUCGGGGUUCCACACAACACCCGUCGGGUGAAAAUCCUCCACGUACGCCAUGAGCUCCGUCACGAGCGCCUUGAACGUUGCAGCAAAUCGGACUUGAUCUGCGUUCGACGCCUUGUACUGCGCCCGAAUUUUGGUACCCCAAACAUCCCCCAUGUACCGAGCCAUGAACGCAUGCGGCGCCGCGCCGUCCACGUGCAGCCAUUCCAGUGUUUGAAGUCCUUCGUACAGCAUGUGUUGGUGGUUGGCGAAUUCGCUACGGAGGUCGCAGAGGUCGUGC